AUGAACUGGUUAGAGUUCAACCAUGUUCAUAUCAAUUGUUUCGACAAGUCAGUGUCAUUUCGAGAAUUUGAUGCAAGUUACGAGUUAUUUGUGUCUACUAAGCAAGUGGAUGAAUUCAUGGAAAAUGAUGUAAAGGUGUUUAUGGUGUUAGCUUAUGUGAAGGCUGAAAGCAAAGUUGCGAUUGGUGAAUUACCAGUGGUGUGUGAUUUUCCAGAAGUGUUUCCAUAUGACAUUAGUGAUUUGUCAUCGGAACACGAGGUUAAGUUUUCUAUAGACUUAGUACUUGGUACUAGUCCUAUAUCGAUGGAUCCUUAUAGCAUUUCUUCUUCAGAGUUGAAUGAGCUGAAGAAACAAUUGGAAAAGUUUCUUGAGAAGAAAUUUGUUCGACCAAGUGUUUCAACAUGGGGGCGCCGAUGUUGUUUGUAA